UUACAGUUGAAGUUGUGCGAAGACCAUUUCUAUUCAUUACUCGUCGGCAAAGAUAUUUCAAUGACAUUAAAAGAAGUUAACCAAUAAUUACGACAAAAGAAAAAUAAUAAAAUCAAUUCCAAACUUCAAAAGUGGUGGAGACCACAAUAUUUUCAUGACGAUGUAUUCCAAACUCCACUGGUACACGUACCACUCCACUGGUACACGUACCACUCCACUGGUACACGUACCACUCCACUGGUACAUGUACCAGUCCAUUGGUGUGUUUCCUCUGCCGCCUAGUGGUACCACCCUCACCUUCAGAUUCUGUCGCCGCCACUUAGGGUUGAUCGAAUCUCUACCGUGGAAGGACGGUGGUCAACAGGAAAAGAUCAAGCGCAGGCCGUGGAUAAGAGGAAGUUGUUGGAAGGUGAUGUUUGGGAUGGAAGACGGAGGACGGCCGACGGCCGACGACAUGGAUGGUUGGACUUGUUGUAAGGGCGGCGAAGAUAUCCGCCAGCCGUGUAGUGAUGAACUAGAGCUAUGGUUCUCCACGACAAUGGAAAGAAACAAGGGGAAAUAGCAGAGGAGGGAGGGGGGAAAUAGAAACAAAGGGAAAGGGAGUAGAAACGCCACAAUUUCCAUCCAGGGAUCCAGCUAAAUUGCCCCCUUCUCGUGCAUAAUUAAUAUGACAGUUAAUCCUUUCUCCAUCCAUAUUUAUUUGGGACAGUCAUUAAUACUUGUCUAAUAAUUAAGUAUAAAAUUG